AUGGCUGGCCUGGAGCUUCGCGAGUUCCUGAGUGUUUAUAAUAUUCUAACAGAGAAGUGUUUUGGAUCCUGCGUUCGUGAAUACAACACUAAUAAUCUUACUUCAGCGGAAGACAGCUGUGUUACGCGAUGCAUUGACAAGCAGAUGCGAGUAAAUCGUCGUCUUAUGCUAGUAUUCGCAGAGCAAGCACCAAAACUUCUGUUCAAACAAGGAGAACCAACCCCUACCGAAGCCAUCAAAGCAAGCGCUAAAGCGGCCAGAGAAGCAGAGAAAUUAGCAAAGCAAGAAGCAGAAAAACAACAAGAAAAGCAGGAAAUCUUAUGUGCUGUAUACGGACCAUUCGAAGGUAAAAGGUCCCGUCAGCUAGAAGAUCGCUGCUCUAUCAACUGUAUGUUCAGUAUGACUCGUUUUGCUGGCGUUGAACGUAGACAACGAAUUCGUGCCGAUCGUAAAUCUAUGGAAAUUGAGCGUCUCAUUGAGAAGACAUUUGAGGCUGCAGUACUCACGCAUUUGUUUCCAACUUCGCAGAUUGAUAUCUACUGUCAGAUCAUUCAGAGUGAUGGUUCUCAUCUAGCUGCUAGCGUCAAUGCCGCCUCUUUGGCGAUGUCGGACGCUGGUAUCCCAAUGAAAGGGGUUGUCGCGGCAGCCACAUGUAGUAUCGUGGAUGGACAGCCUGUCGUUGACGUCAAUCAGAGAGAAGAGACAGAUCUCCUCCCUCGGCUUACUCUCGCCACUCUGAGAGGUGAAGAUGAAGUGGUUUUGGUAGAGUUGCAGAAUCGUGUCCACAUCGACCAUCUACCAGCUUUGAUGGCCUCAGCUAAAGAUACCUGCAAAGGUCUCAUCGAUUCUCUGUCUUCUGAAAAUGAGAUUUCGCCAGCACCUGAUCGUGGAACUUCUCCUUUUGCGAAUGUUUCCAAUUUUAAUGAGUUGAAGAAAGUAAAGGGUAGAAAAGUACAAAGAACCUCUAUCGCCAUCCGAUUACUUGAACGUGCUCAAGUCAGCCUGUUUUUGGACAAGGACAGGAAAGUUGCCCCUGCUUUCAUGAAAAGUUGCGGAGACAAUCUCAGCGAAACCGACAUUUCCGGCAUGGUUAUCAACGAUGAUUUUAUAGCGGUAAUGGCUGGCUUGCUGGAGCUCGGCCUCAAGGAUGAGAAACUGUUUUGUGAUAUGGAGAAAAGGCUACUGAAUAACAUCACUGAAGCGGAGUUCUCAAUCACGGCAAUUAUUCCGCUGAUUAUCGCAAGUAAUCGUGUUGGUUAUUCUUGGCCGAAAGAGCUCAAAGCAGCAGUGAAGGAAGGUUUAACGUCGCAGAUAAGGGAUAUCGACAGUGCAAACGUGCUAAUUGCCGUGCUCACACAUUGGGAUCCGAAUGAUAGGGAAGUAUCGCAGGCGGCCGCCGACAAGACAGCUCAACUGCUUGGUACUGAUCUAUCUUGUUGUGUGCUCACCAUCGGAGAGAUGUGCUCACUUAUGAGCAGAUUAGCCGAUAGAGGUAUUCGCGAUAAGAAACUUCUUCCUCUGCUUUCGGCUAGGAUUACAGACCACAGGGCCGCUCUUUCUGUACGCCAAUUGGUGUCUCUGGCAGCGUCAUGUGCUAAACUUAACUAUUUUGAUGCAAGGGUACAGCGACGUCUCGUUAAAGAUCUUUUAGUCGAUGUCAACAAUUUGCAGAACUGGUCAGAUGUUUCAUCCCUGGUCAACUCAUUUAGCAGAUUGCGCUUUGGUGAAAUGUCUGCGUGGAACUGUUUAGCCACCUGGAUUAACAACAAUGUGGACAAUGCUCCCCUUGAAUCCCUUUCUAUUAUUAUAGCAGGGAUGGCGAGAAACGGUGUAGAG